GAUGGUAUUAAUAUGAACAAGAAAACCGAAUCUUUCUACUUGUAGACUCGAUUGACGUGUACAUUACUAUUACUGACACAAUAUUUCAUGAUAGUGGUCUGAAUUUGAGUGGGUUGGUCCUCUUGUGACGUCAAAGGAUGUUUAUUACAGACCUAUACUACAGGCUAUUGCUGUUGCCAAUCUGCCAGUUGCUUGCAAAUUCUAGAGAUAGCCUUAAAAGAGCUGGUAGUGGUGAUCUCUCCAUCUAUCGUUUCAUGCCUUCUCAUGAAGUAAUUUUAUUUUUAUCCUUUUUUUUUUUUUUUUUUCUUUUGUAACCUUGAAAACCCUUAUCUUCCUUGAUCUUCCGUAUUGUGAAGCGAGCACCCAUUUAGGCAAAGACAAUCCCCCCCUGUCCCGCCUGCUCGUCUAUAUUCCUUCAAUUAAAUAUGUAUGUGAAACGUAAAAUCAGCGUUUCAAAUUGACAUUUUAGUUAAAAGGGUUCCUUCCUACGUAAUCAUGCAACAGUAGAGAAAAAUUUAAUUAGACUUGGACUCUUUUGGACUCAAAAUAAUAUUUGAGUUUCAUUUAUUUUAUAUGCCAAUUUCAUUAUACAUGUUAUGUUUCGAGUCAUACAUUGUACAUGAAUUAAUUAAGCAUUGCUUUUAAUUUUGUGCUUCCAUGUUUAUUGCAUGAAAAUUAGACAAUAAAUAGACCCGUAAAUGCACAGGUUUCCUCUACUCAUGGAUCCCUCAUAUGUGAGUGCGUGAAGGGCAAGGAGUUAGCAUUAGAAGGCUUGAGAGAUACAUAGUUAAUAGAGAUAAACUCUCCUCUUAAAUUAAUUAAGAAGUGUUGAUAUCCUACUGGGGAAUUGAUAUAUAUAGGCCAACUUCAAUUAAUUUACUCGGAAAAGGAUUUGUCUGUGAGCAACAAGGGACAAAAAGAAGGUAAAGAUUUUGCAUUUAACAUGAGAUGAGAGAUAGAUGGGAGCUCAUAGUCAUAGACCAUGCAUGUGAAUGUGAUGAGCCCUCAACCUCAGAUAGUAGUAGUGCAUAUGUAGUAUCCAACUGUUUCAUAAUUCCCAUUAAUUUCUCAACAAAUUUAACUGCUAAAAGACAACGAACAAGUGGGAUAUUGCGAAGUUUACCCUUUUCUUUUACUCCUUUAUAGAGAGGUGGGUGGCAAGUCUGGUCGGUUAUUGAAACUUUGUUUGCAUUGUUAAAUUAAGCAACCUUGAAAAUCAGUAUUUAACCAACUAAACCUUAAGGACUGUAACUAUAUGCAUAUGUACACAUAAUAGGAGAAUCAGAAAAUCCCUCUGAUGAAUGCCAAUGAGAUCCCAUGGUAUGUUAAGAAUAAUUUAUCAAAGAAAAAAAUAAAAAAGAAAAGCAGCAGCAGCAUUGCCGAAGAAGAUGUUGUUUCUUGCAAAAGAUGUCCCACUGCUAUGAGACCUUAAAUGAACAACGUGGCAUGUUCUGUCACCGUUCGCAAAGUGUCUAAAUCAUCACCGUCAUUUCUCUCUCCACCAACCUUUUUAUAGCCAAAGGUACAGCAGAAACCAAACACAACACCCCAAGUUGCGACUUCCCAUAACUUCUCUCCUUUCUGAAAAAAAAAAAAGGAAAAAGAAAAACAACUCCUCUUCCUCCUCUCAAUCUCUGUCUCUCAAAAGUCAAAACUAAUGUGCUCUUAUUAAAGAGUGAGCCGAGCCCUGAUACUGUUACAGAAAGCAAAUACUAGAAAUGGGAAGAGCACCUUGUUGUGAGAAAGUGGGAAUAAAGAAAGGGAGAUGGACAGCUGAAGAAGAUGAAAUCUUGACUAAAUACAUUCUAGCCAAUGGAGAAGGGUUAUGGAGAUCACUACCCAAGAAUGCAGGAUUGCUAAGGUGUGGUAAGAGCUGCAGACUAAGAUGGAUUAAUUACUUAAGAGCUGACUUGAAGAGAGGGAACAUCACCAAAGAAGAGAAAGAAACCAUUGUCAAGUUGCACUCAGCUUUGGGUAAUAGAUGGUCUUUGAUCGCUGCCCAUUUGCCAGGAAGAACUGAUAACGAGAUAAAGAAUUACUGGAACUCUCAUUUGAGCAGAAAAAUUUACAGCUUCUCCAAGAAUGAUUAUUUAUCCACCACUGGCACCAACAUCACCUCCCUAAAUAUUGCCAAUACGGCUAGGCCACGCGAAUCGAGAGACAGUAGAAUGGAUCGAUCAACCUUUAAAAAACACAUGGGAAAUACAUCAAUGUCUGCUGCCAAGCCUAAGAGUGAAACCCUAACUGAAGUAGUAGUGCCUGAAGGUCCUGAACGGUCUCCUAAUAAUAACUCUACAGGACAAUUUGACCAGGGUAACCAAUUAAUGGGUUUGGUCCCAGAGAGCUCCACAAGCGAACUAGACACUGCUAGAAGAGACGUUGUGGAGGGUUCUUCUUCAUGCAUAGGUAGCGGUGAAAGAUUAAAUGCAGCAGGACCAGUAUGCCUUAGGAAGGAAGGAGAAACUGAGGGCUGGGGACCAUAUGAAUGGCUAGACAGUGAAAUAAAUCGCCUUAAAUAUGUUCUGCAAAGUGAAGCGGUGGAUCCAAGUGGGAAUAAUUGUGAUACUAUUGAUGAUACACUUAAUAAAGAGAUGGAAAACAACAGGGUUCGUGUUGGCAUCAGUGAAGGGACAGGAAAUGAAGUAAUGGGUCCAGACCAAGUGGCUGCUGCAAAUGAUCAGGAGAUUGAAAGCAGCAGUACUACAGCUUGGAGCUCAAAUGCAGAAAGUGGGGAAUUGCAUAAUUGUGGAUCACCACCCCCAUUUGAUGAGGACUGGCACAAUUUAAGCUUUGACUGGGACAGAACAGGAGCCAUAGAUGAUAGUGCAAUAAUAAGGGAACUAUGGGAUGAAGGAGAAAAAAUUAUGUCAUGGUUAUGGAGCUAAUGACAAUGGAGGUUUUUCAAUCAUCUGCUGCUCUGAAGUGAAGUUAUUAUCUGAAUUUAUUAUGGACAAUUUAUUGUAUCUGUAUCUGCAUCUGCAUCUGUUUCGCAAUUUAAUGAUUUGGGAAUUUUGCAUUGAUGAAGAUUGUUUGGCACCAUAUGAUGGAUUUAAAAAUUAGACUCGUCAUAUUUGCUCUACGUCGAUUGUUUUAAUUUUUAUUAUGCAGUCUCAUGAGCAAGCUUUUAUUUU